UAAAUUAUUAUAAACUGCAUAAUAAGUAAACAUAACAUAUAAAUAGGACUUACAUAUGUGAAAAUACUGUUUGUAUCGUUUUAUGGUUAGUACUCGUCGGACUUGAUAGAACAUAGUUGUAAAAUUUUACUUUUAUACAUCUGUGUAGGUAUACGUGCGUGUGUGCGUGUGUGUGUGCGUGUGUUUGUGUGUGUGUGUGUGUGUUUUAAUAAUUAACAGUUAAUUAUUCCAAUCGAUAAACAUCAUACAUAAAAAUAAUGAGAUUUGUACUACAAGUGCUGUCGUGCUUAUUAUUAAUGGUAAGCCUAUCAUUGUCGAGGUCAAGAUAUCCAGGUCGACCAGAUAUUGAUUAUUACGUGCCAGCGAGCUACGCCUUCAAGUACGGCGUGCAUGAUCCCGCUACGGGGGAUAUCAAACACCAAUCUGAAGAGCGGACUGGGGACGUGGUUCGCGGCCAGUACAGUCUUGUGGAGCCCGACGGCACCGUGCGAACUGUCGACUACACAGCUGACCCGGUUAACGGUUUCAACGCGGUUGUUAGCAAGUCUGGUAAGCCCAAGAAACCACGGAACGUUGUCAGGGCCGUGCCUGCCACCGCCGCCGCUGCCAUAGACUUCGAGGAUGAUCCGCACUCGGCCAGAGGACCAAUAACUUUCCCAAAGAAUGUACAAGAAGAUUUUUCAAUCACUGCACCGGAAUAUCAGGAAUCCUACUACUCAAAAGCCAUUCACCCUUAUGAAGUCUAUCCACGCUAUGUACAAAAUUCAAAUUACUAUAAAGAAUAUUUUAAUUACUAAAUCAUGUCUGUGAAAUUGCUGAACUCCAAUCAAAAUUUAGACUAAAAAUAAUAAUUAUAUUAAAAUAAAAUAAUAUGUUAUCAUUAACCUUUUA